AUGGCUGCAAGGCGACGUCCGGCUUACAAGGGCCGGAGCUAUAGCAGAAGUUUUCCGGGCGAAGCCCCACCUCCACCAAGCAAAGCUAAGAGGAGUAGUCCAACAGGAGACGACGUGGAGGCAAGUUUCCUGGAGAGUGUUCUGGCAGAUGACAUCGAUGGCAAGGAUGCAGAGACUGCGGAGAUCACCGGAGCAGUGAAGCCAGUGGCUUCAGUGCCACAUGUGCCACCUCGUCCUGGCUUUUCAAAAGGAAAAGUUCAGAAGGCUUCAACUCUGGGGGACUUGUCCCGUGUAUUGGAGCAGACCUCCCAAGACGACGGCUCUUCCCCGGAUGGUGUGGACACCACUCCGGGCAAAGAAAUGCAGGGGAGCAGCCGAGUGCUUGAGAGACGGCUCUCCUAUGCGGCCGAGAGUCUGGAGGAUGUGGGCGCUGCAAUCCGUGAGGAGGAGCCUGGCUUGGACUGGCUGGAAGGCUUCUGGGGCCAGGUGCUGGCUGGCAGCGCACCGCCACCGGAGUGCAAGAACCUGCUGCGACGGUCCCUCCCGGCGUGGGUCGACAUGUACAAUCGCUGGCAAGCUCAGGGCGAUUGGAAGCCAGGGCAUGCGCCA